AUGACGAUUGUCCUGGAGUUUGACCCAGAGGGACGCCCUAUCGGUUUCCCGGCAUGGCUGCGGAAGCUCAAGCUCUACCUCGGCAGCUGUCUCGAGAAUGAUAUCCCUCUUUUCGAGCAUGCCGCUGGUGAGCUGAAAGCCCCCCCCACUCCCGCUCUGCUUGAGCCCCAGCAGCAGCAGCAGCAGCAGCAGCAGCAGCAGCAGCAGCAGCAGCAGCAGCAACAGCAGCAGCAGCAGCAGCAGCAGCAGCAGCAGCAGCAGCAGCAGCAGCAGCAGCAGCAGCAGCAGCAGCAGCAGCAGCAGCAGCAGCAGCAGCAGCAGCAGCAGCAGCAGCAGCAGCAGCAGCAGCAGCAGCAGCAGCAGCAGCAGCAGCAGCAACAGCAGCAGCAGCAGCAGCCGCAGUAG